CCGGUCGCACACCAUACCUCUUUGAAAAUGACCAUUCCCCGGAUACAAUCUAUCGGAAGGAUAAUUUCCAACCAUACCGUUCGUCAGCUUAAGUUUAUCAUCCCCGGAGCUGCCAUCACAUAUGCAUUUAACACCCAUCUCGUCUUUCUGGAGUUGUUGACCAGACAAGACGUAGAAGGGCAGUGGGGAAGACUGUUUGCCUUUGCUUCCACGGGUUUUGAAGGACUUGUGAUCGUGCUUUUCCUCUACGUCCUCCUGGUACCGUGGAUACACGGUCUCGAACCAGACUACCGGUCUUGGCGAGACUCUGGAAUUUUGUCUUCUGUCAUCCCAAUCUUGACCACUGCUAUCUUGGUCGGCUGGUCGCUUUUGUCCUAUACCCUCGGGAGGUGGUCUAGUUUGGGAUAUCUAGAAGGAGUAGUAGGGGCAUCAGGCUUGUAUGCACUCACGUUUGGACUUUUAGGCCUUCUUUCCUCCCCAAAGGUUCACCGCUCAUGACUAAGUACCGCUGCCACCCUAUGUACAUCAGACCUACAUCGCGACGAAUCACAUGGAUAUGUAUGUUGUGUUAAUUUACCGUGUAUGUAAUUGAUGUAACGUACUUUGUUGUACUCUGAGAUGACUGUUACUGCCAUAGGCACGAUUUGCGCGUGGUCGGAG